UUGAAUACGAGUUCCAUAUUUCGGCACCCUUUCCUUAUUCCUAGCAAGACAAACCUUGGCCUGCCGUGUAUAUUAUAUUAUAACCCACGCCAACACGUACACUAAUACAGAACCAACAACGCAUAAAUGGCAAAGAAGAACAACUCUAAUAAGAUUGCUGAAGAAGAACAACAACAGAGAAGGCAUGUUUGCUUCUCGAAGAGGCGCAAAGGGCUUUUCCACAAGGCAUCGGAGCUGUGCAACAAGUGCGGCUCAAAAAUGGCCAUUGUCAUGGUCUCUGAAGCAGGCAAGCCUUAUGCUUUUGGACACCCCUCUACCGAUGAAGUUCUCGAUCGCUAUCUAACAACCACUCAAGCAAUUAAUCCUCCUGCAACUUCAAAAAAUCAUCAAAAGCAAACCAAUUGUGAAGAAGAAGGAAAAAGAACAGAGAUGGACAUCAAGGAAUGGAUUGAUAAAGAGUUCGAAGCAUGUCAAACAGUACAAGAAUUGAAAGCAUUGAAGAUAAAGUACACGGCUCUCCUUGAGAAUAUCAAUAAGAAAAUUCAAGAUUCUUCUUCAUCGCCUUCUUCUUCAAGAGGAAAAGAGAAAGAGAAGGACCAUAAUCUUUUUGGCUCAUCUUGCGUGGGUCAGUUUAAUAUUUGCAUGGAUGGCGAUAAUACCGCCAAAAAGUCAAAUUUUGACAAUGUGGGGAAAAACUCAGGGGAUGAUGAUUCUGUCUUGGAUGUUUUGAACGCUGUUCCUCUAGCCAUAUACAAUCCAUUUAACGACACGGCGUACUCAUUGGACAAAGUUUACGGUGGUGGUUUUGAUGAUGUUGGCGUGGAACAUGCACCAGCAAAUCAAGAUCUCAACGACGUCGUUUGGUAUGCAAGUUGGAGUGAAGAUCAUCCUGUCUCUUCUUCGUUUGUGGAGCCAACUGCUAAUAGCGGUGGUGGCCAUGAUGAAAGUGCAAGUCGAGUGAAUUUCCAACGCAGACUUCCAUUACCCAAUAAAAAGGUCUUCGUUUACAAUCAGGUUGGCUCAGAAUCUGUACACAAUGAGGUCUUUCCAACGCCAACCUCCAGUACCUAAAAGGUCUCUGUUUAUAGUUCUUGUUUUUGUCUUAGGAAAGAUUCAAACGGGUAUAUAUUCAGAUUCACUUUUAUUCUAUAAAAGUUACAGACUAACAUUGAAAAUUUAUUUAAUCAUUCGUUGAAGGUUGCUUAUUAUCAUUACAAUUGUUAUUAUUUUGCUGACAAGGUUGCUUAUUAUACAUUGGUUUUAUUUCUGUUC